AUGGAGCACUUCAACCGAACACUUCCAACAUGGUUCUUCUUGAAUGGAAUAUCUACUGUCCCUCACCUCAAAAUUAUAGGGUUUCUUCUAUUCAUCGUGAUGUAUAUGAUUACAUUGGCAGGAAAUUGUCUUCUUCUCAUUACAGUAAUGCUCAGCCUAGCAUUACACACCCCUAUGUAUUUCUUCCUGAGUAGUCUCUCUUUCAUUGACAUUGGUUUCUCCUCCACCGUAGUUCCUGUAAUCCUCAGAAAUACUCUCUCUGCAGACAAGAGUAUUUCAGUGAGGGGUUGUGUUUUCCAAAUGUUCUUCUCAUUAGUACUUGGGGUAGCAGAGUGUGUCUUACUUGCUGUCAUGGCUUAUGAUAGGUUUGUGGCCAUAUGUAAACCAUUACACUACAACAUCAUUAUGAACAUGAGGUUUUGUAUUAUUUUAGCCAUGAUACCAUGGAUUUUUGGUCUCAUAAACUCCUUUAUACAAGUGUCCAUCACCUGGCAACUUCCUUUCUGCAGAUCUCAUCAUCUUAAUAAUUUUUUUUGUGAAGUACCUGCCUUCUUACGACUAUCUUGCAGAGAUCCUUGGCUUAAUGAGAUAGCCAUGUAUGUAGCAGCUGGGAUCAUUGUUUUGUGUUCUUUUCUCUUGACAUUGAUUUCCUAUGUUUUUAUCAUUUCCGCCAUUUUGAGGAUCCGUUCCUCACAAGGAAGGCAUGCAGUUUUUUCUACAUGUACCUCCCACCUCACUGUCGUUAUUCUUUAUUAUGGAACCCUCAUGUUCAUCUAUCUUCAGCCUCGAUCUUCUCAUUCUCCAGAGACAGACAAGGCAGUAUCUGUUCUCUAUACGUUGGUUACUCCGAUGUUGAAUCCCAUCAUUUACAGCAUCAGAAAUAAGGAAGUCAAGAAGUGUAUAAUAAAGAAUAUAAAAAACAAGAAAAACUGUCUAAAAACAUUCUGA